UUUCUCUCAUCUUCUUCUUCUUCUCACUUAUCUCUUUAUCUGGGUUUUGUUUUUGAUCCAAGCUAUGGGGGGCAAUAUGAGCAAGAAGCCCGCUGAAGCUUCUUCUUCCCAAUUCACAACUGAACUCAUCUCCUAUGAGGCCGCUUGCCGUCUUGACGCCGACUUGCAGACCUUCGACACCACCUUGCAGGAGCGAACCAGUCACGUAAUCAAUACUCUCGCCGUUGGCGUUGAAGUUCGGGCGCUGUCGUUUGAUUCUCUGAAGGAGGUUACUGAGUGUCUUCUGGAGAUGAACCAGGAGGUGGUUAAGGUUAUCUUGGAAUGUAAGAAAGAUAUCUGGAAGAGUCAGGAGUUGUUCGAGCUGGUCGAGGAGUAUUUCGAGAGUAGCCUGCAGACUCUGGAUUUCUGUACUUCAUUGGAGAAGUGCUUGAAGCGCGCUCGGGAUAGCCAGUUGCUGAUUCUGGUGGCGCUGCAACAAUUCGAGGAGGAGAAUAACGAGAUGGGAGCUGGGCAGAGGUAUGUGAGGACUCUUGAGGAAUUGAAGAAUUUCAAGGCUGCUGGGGAUCCUUUCACUGAAGAUUUCUUCCAGAUAUUUCAAUCUGUUUAUAAGCAACAGGUAUCGAUGCUCGUGAAAUUGCAAUUGAGGAAGAACAAGCUUGAUAAGAAGCUGAAAUACAUCCAUUCUUGGAGGAAGGUUUCGAGUAUAAUAUUUGCUGCUACUUGUGCUACUGUGUUGAUUUGCUCAGUCGUGGCUGCCGCCAUGGCUGCCCCGCCUGUUGCAGCAGCGCUUGCAGCUGCUAGUUCUAUCCCUCUGGGUUCAAUGGGGAAAUGGAUUGAUUCUCUGUGGAAAAACUAUGAGAAUGCAUUGAAAGGACAGAAGGAGGUGAUCACUUCAAUGCAAGUGGGUACUUAUAUAGCUAUCAAGGACUUGGACAACAUUCGGGUUCUAAUCGAUCGAAUAGAGAUCGAGAUUGAAGCUCUUCUGCAGAAUGUGGACUUUGUGAUCGAGGAAGAAGCUGUGAAGAUUGGAAUCGAGGAGAUCAAGAAGAAGCUGGGUGUGUUCAUGAAGAAUGUUGAAGAUCUGGGAGUGCAGGCUGAUACAUGCAGCCGCGAUAUUCGGAGGGCAAGGACUGUGGUUCUCCAGAGGAUCAUAAAGCAUCCUAACCAUUGAAUCUGCUGGUAGGUAGUGUUCUUCUCUCUGGACAGAUUUCUAAUUUCCAUGUGCUGUAUUAUAACAAGAAGAUGCUGAAUUUCAUUGAUUCUUAGACUGUAUGUUGGAUACACAUAUCUGGAUCUAGGAAAAAAAAAAUAAAAAAAAAUGCAAGACUGCUAAGUUAUUUGUUUUUAUUCUUUCCUAGGCAAUAGAUGCUUUCAGAUUCUAGCUUGACAUUGUGUAUUGUAAUCAUCAAUUGUACUAGAUUACUGAUUUGAACUAAAUUCUUAAAUUCUUUUUUGAUUCCA